GGUAGUCAGUCACACGGUGGCGACUUUCAAACCCACGGUCAAAUUUUCGCCUUUACGCAAGGCAAAUAAAACUAAAAAGAACAUUGCAAACGUUUCAACGUCAAGGGCGACGGAAAAAUGAAGGAUCUAACUACAUCCACACAAAACCUUGAGGAAGCGGAUGUGACGAUAGCGCCAACCUUACUGAAUGUUCCCGACGGUUCAGAUUCACACGAAUAUACGGGAGAAAUUGUUGGUCUGGCUGAUGAUGGUAAAACGGCAGGGUGUGAAAAAGAAUCCAAAUGUUCUGAACAUGAAUUCGGAGCAAGCAAGGAUCAGGUUAACAUCGCCAAAAAGAACGAAAAUAUCACCGUGUCUUCCAGCUCCUCGCUUGAAAACAUGCACGCGCGACACUGCAACGUGACAGCCGAUAAACAACAAUUUAACACAGCUGAGAGUGACACAGAGAUGGCGAGAAGAGCAAAGGAGGAAGGCAUUGUCAGUGUGGUCUUCCGGGGAACUGUGACUCAGGAAGGCUGCUGCCGUUUUGUCAGCGAAAUCCUCAAAUGUAUUUUGUAUCAGAGACAACAACUGCCCAUGACCUACGACCAACUAGUCUACUCCCAGAAAAAACGGCAAGACUCAAAAGCGGAUAAAGAUGUUGUUCGUGGAAGGCAAGUGAAUUUGGCAGAUGUGAAUGAGCGCAAGUGUGAGAAGACGCUCCAGGACCUGGAGGAGGUGCUUCAUCAGCUGGAGGUCCUGUUCUCACUGAGCACUGUUCCCCGAGUGCUGCUGCUCAUGGGUGGCUCACUUGUCCUCCCCAAAGAGAUAUACGAGAUCAACCUGGAGGCGCUGGUAUUGGAAAGUGGUGAUCAAUGUCUACGGGUGUCGUCGUGUUUAAGACAACUCUUCCGCACUCUUUUUGUAGCUGACCUUUUGUCUGACAGCAGACCGGGACGUUUAAUGCCCACCACGGUCUUGGUACUGGCCCACAGGGACUGUGGGGUAGGUUGGUUCCACCCUAAACUACGAUUUAAAGUACCAACUUCUGUCAAAAAACAAACGAUUGCUCUUUGUACAGAUCCAUGCAGUUGCAGGAAUGCAAGCACAGACACACUGGACUGGCAGGAAUAUGUGUGGUUUCAAGCACCUACGACCAUCAAAGGCUUUUGUAACUGACUACAAAUGUGGUCUAUAUGCUACUUUUUUUUUUAAAUGAUGGUUCAAAUGAGUUUUGAAUAUAUAUUUUACAUUUUUAUUUUUCUAUUUCAUGGCUUAAACAUACAUGCAAAUCAGUCGCCUUUCGGGGAAAUUCGCCGUUUUGAACUCAAAAUAGGCGAUUUACGUGAAUCUUAUAGAUCCGAUGUGUUUUUCCUUGGGGAGGGGGGGGUCGCCAUAGCUGUCGUCAUAGGCGGUCGGGACCUGCUUUGGAUAAGUCACAGCAGUUGAAGAGACCAGAAAAAAACACUUCCGCCGCUUCUGCUAUUAAAAAGUAACUACUUUUACGUGUUACAAUGAUCUAAAUGUCGCUCGCUACUUUUAUUGAUCAAUUAUUGCUUAUUUAUCAACUAUUUCGUGUGCGCGACUACGACUUCUGCAUUUGGCAUGGUUUGCCCCAACCUAAGAGCUAGUGACGUUUAAGUCUAUUUCACCAAUCAAACGAUACAAAGUCACAUGACCUCACACAACAUCUUCUAUUGGGCUUCCUGGGUAUCGGUAUUAACACAAGAUAAGCCAACCCGGCUGAUCAUCGUGCCUGAAUGGCCACCAUUUUGGGAAAGUCGUCUUUACCAUGACGGCAACGGCGCGCUACUCGUUUACAUUUAGACGAACAAAAACAACAGCUUUCAUGUAUUGUAGUAUUUGUCUGGAACGGUCUGCCCAAACGUGGAUAUUUCAGCUCACAUAUAACUUGAGAAAAUACCGUGCAGUGAAUUGAAAAUGUUUUUGUUUUUUUAUUUAUUUUUUUGGUGCAAUUUACUCAGUACUUGAGUAAUUAUUUCACUGUGUACUUUACUCUUACUCAAGUAUUUUUUGGAGGACUACUUUUUACUUGAGUCACAUUAUAGUAAAGUCCUUUUGUUUAAAAGUAUAAAUAACCAGGUAUUUUUUUUUCAUCAGAUAGUUUUAUCUGUUCAUAAAGUAGAUGAUAAUAAAUUGGUUUUCCAUUCAAACUGAUUAUCUGUUUGCAGUAAUCCCCACUCCAUCGUGGGGGUCACAUUCCAGUCCACCUCUGCAAUAAGUGAAAUCCGUGACAUAGAAAUAUACCUAUUUAAAUACACCCUUGACAUGUUUUUGUUCCAUUUUCAAAUUGUUUGAAAGGUCUAUAUAAACACACAUAAAACAACAAAAAUACAUUGAAACACUUAAUAUAUUGAGAGUGAGCUAGAGCAAUGGAAAACACAAAAACAUUGGACAAAUAGUAUAAAAAUAGUAACAACUGUAAUUAAAAUCUGCAAUUUACCUCAACCGGAAAGCAUGAACACUCCCCCCGCCCCAGAAAACUCACUUUAAGCCAUGAUAUUUUUACUAAAUAUUGCAACAAUCUUAUUAAAAAUGAAGUUGAUUCACAAGAGGUAUGCUUGUUUUUUGUUUUUUUUAAUAGUCUUUGCAAAAUACAGCAGAACCUAUAAAGUAGUGAUGGUCAGAUAAGAAGAGGCUUGAAGCUUUCCAUCCAAUUGGUUCACAAAAAGGUUGAUUUCGUGAGGCUUCAUGUGCACACAAACCCUCCUGUUGGCCCAAA